GAGAUAAUUUUGAGUAAAAGAGAGAAAAACAUGAAUAAAAGAUAAUUCAUUAUUUUUUUAACAAUGCUAAUCAACAAUGUAUAACAGUUAAUUUCCAAAUUCAUUUUCCAUUUUCCAUAAAUAAUGAGGAAACACGUAUAACAACAUAACAAAAUUGUUUUCUUUUUUGACAGAUCAUUAUUAAUCCUUAGUAAUUAGUUUAUUUGUUGUACAUAACAAUAAAAAUAUGGGUGGAUAGUAUUUUAUACUAUUUUAAUAACGUUUAAUUCUUUUCGUACAUUUGUAAGUAUGUAAUUAUAUUAAGCAAUACUAGAAUCUCAAAAUGCCUCCAAUGAAGGAUGCAAAUAUCGUCAAAAUUGCGGUGGAAAUGACCGAUCAGGUCCCGCAGUUAAUAGAGUUCAAUCAAAAACAACCUUUGGCUGGUAUAAUUCAAGAAUUGUGUAAUGGGUGGAAUCUCACAGACCCCGAGCAAUAUGCUCUUCAAUUUAAUGAAAAUAACAAUAAUAACUACAUUACAGAAAAAAAUAGAAAUGAAAUUAAAAAUGGAUCGGUUCUACGUUUGCAGUAUUCACCUUCUAAGACAGCUCAAGAUAUUUUACUGAAACUAAACACAGGUAGUCCAGAAGAUAAAGCCACUGCAGUGAGUAAAUUGUCUGUUUUAAGUGCAGACAUAACAUUUGCAUUAGAUUUUAUUAACAAACAAGGGUUAACAUUGUUAAUCAAACAAAUUGAAGGGGCUAAAUGUAAAGGGGCUGUUCUGGCACAUACACUGCUAUCAUUUGUCGAGUUAAUGGAACAUGGCAUUGUGUCUUGGGAUAUUUUGAAUGGCGAGUUUAUUUCUAGAGUAGCUAGUUUGGUUAAUACUCCACAAGAAGCUCAAGUUACACAGGCAGCUUUAUCUAUUUUGGAAAACGUUGUCUUAAACAGCACAGAAGGAUACGGACAGGUAGAGAGAGAAAUUCCAAUUGGUUCCCUUGUUAACCAUCUACAGUCUACUCCAGUUGUUCAGCAGAAUGCUGUAGCACUAAUUAAUGCCUUAUUAUCAAGAGCAGAUAUCACAAAAAGGCGUUCUCUAGUUGCUACACUUACUUCUAAACAAGUUAGGACUGUGAUCCAGAACAAUAUAUUACAAACUGGCGCUGCUAAGGGCAAUGAGAUGGCUCAUCAAUUGUAUGUGUUACAAACAUUGAUGUUGGGACUUCUUGAACAAAGGAAAAUGACCAAAAUGGAUCCACAGGACCAAGAUGGGCAUGACAAAAUAAAAGAGCUCAGGAGAAUAGCAUUCGAAAGUGAAGGUGCUACAAGCUUAAGAGGUCCAAGUGGUUUUACUAGAGAUUAUAAAAAACUAGGUUUCAAAAAUGACAUAAAUCCAGCUUUAGAUUUUACUGAAACCCCUCCUGGACUUCUAGCUCUUGAUUGUAUGAUUUAUUUUGCAAGAAAUCAUCCUGAAAGUUACACAAAGCUCGUGUUGGAAAAUAGUUGCAGAGCUGAUGAACACGAAUGCCCAUUUGGAAAGGCCAGUGUGGAGCUAGUGAGGAUUUUAUGUGAAAUUUUGAAAAUAGGGGAACCUCCAUCUGAACAGUGUGUGACGUACCAGCCAUUAUUUUUCACCCAUGAUCACCCUUUCGAAGAAUGUUUCUGCAUCUGCAUAGUCCUCUUGAAUAAAACUUGGAAGGAAAUGCGGGCAACAGCAGAAGAUUUCCAAAAAGUUGCUAGUGUUGGACAAGAACAAAUUGUUAGAGCCUUGGAAACUACACCAGCGUCUUUGGAUCAGUUCAAGAGCAAAUUACACAUGUUGACCUAUAACGAGAUCACACAAUUAUGGCAGCUGGAGAGAAAUACUAGGGAAGAAUGGGAAUCACAUGCUAAACCAGUAGUGGAAUUAAGAGAGCAGAUUACUCCAGAUAUAAUGGGGUUGAUCAAACAACAAAGAUUGGCAUUUUUAGUUGAAGGUACAAGAUUUACGAAAUAUUCGCCACGUGGUCAACGUAUUAAAGACAAAUUUUGGUACAUGAGACUAUCCCCGAAUCACAAGGUACUCCAUUAUGGCGAUUGCGAUGAAAAGAGUGCUCCAUCUACCGAAGAACUACAGUCGAAAAUAGCAGUAUGUGAUAUUAAAGCCUUGUUGGUAGGAAGAGAUUGUCCUCACAUGAAAGGAAGAAAAGCAUCUCAUCAAUUAGCGUUUUCAUUGGCUCUUGAAGGUGUGGAUUUGCAAUCUUUGGACUGUGUCGCUCCAGACGAACAAGCCUUGGCUUACUGGACGGAUGGCAUCAAUUCGUUAAUAGGCAAUAGGAUGCAGAGUAAGGAAACGGAAAAAGAUUUGGAUACUCUACUUAGUAUGGAAAUUAAAUUGAGAUUACUAGACGCAGAGGGGGUUGCUAUUCCUCAAGAUCCUCCACCAAUUCCGCCAGAUCCGCCACAUUAUCACUUCUGUUAUGAUUUGAAGUAAGUCCGGAGGCAGAUUCUUUAUUUUGUGCAAUAAAUGAUAAUUCUUUAUCACGUUUCAAUCUCUUAAACAUGACAUUAAAAUGAAAUCGAAUAUUAAUAAAGAUUGUAGUGGAUUUUUUUUUAAAAUUAUUAUUGUGAUUAAAAUGUUUAUUUUAUAAUAAGAUCUGACUAGUACACCGAUUACAAUGGGUUACGAUUUGGAAUUUCAUUUCUUUUUUACCCUUUUUAAAAUAACUCAGAAAAUUGUAAUUUUUUGCUAUAGUUCAUUUAAUAAUGUAUAUAUUCCUGUAGUUGAACUGUGCUAGUACUAAAUAAUGUGGUUUUCUAUGCAAUUAAUUGUUAUAAUCGGUAUUAAAACUAUAUAUUCAUUGUUUGUUGUAGCUAGAUAUUUUGAAUGUAUUCUGUUUUCUUUUCUACUUUUUAAAUAUUUUUUUGAUACUUUUAGAUCUGAUUGUGUAGUACUUGUAUGAUUUUAAAUAUUAUAUAAAUUUAUACAUUUU